AUGAUUUCCACAUCAGUGUCUCCAGCUUUUGUUGAUCCUCAGGUUCUCACGUCCUGGGAGGACAAGGUGUCCUGGACUCGAGCGAAAAGAGAUCUUGGAUUGAGCAAAGUCGAACCGAAGAUUGAAGGGAUUCCGACGGAGUUACCGCUCAGCUCACAAGGACUUCCGAAGCUCGCGUUGACGCAACGGGAGAUCGAGAUUACCGAAAACUACUCGGUUAAGGAACUCUUGAAGUUGCUCAAGUCAAGACAGUUUUCAGUCGAGGAAGUGACCAGGGCUUUUCUACGAAGAGCUGCAGUUGCUCAAAUUGCUACGAACUCUGUUGUGGAACUCCUGUGGGAUGAGGCCAUAGCCCGAGCAAAGUCUCUGGAUUCACUGCCAGAGCCUACGGGCGAGCUGUUUGGGCUGCCAAUCUCUACGAAAGAGCACCAUGGAAUGGUGGGAACCAAUGUCAUCACCACUGCCUCCUUCGUCGGCUGGUUCAACAAGGAACAUGGCUCCAAUAUCCUGUACGAAUCACUGUGGGACGAAGGAUGCGUUUUCUACGUGCGAUCAACGCAACCGCAGACCAUCAUGCAUCUCGAAACAGAGAGCAAUCUUUAUGGGAGGACAGUCAAUCCGUACAACCGCCACCUGACGGCUGGUGGCAGCUCUGGAGGCGAAGCUGCGUUACUGGGCAUGCGUGCGAGUAUUCUCGGUGUUGGCGGUGAUAUCGGUGGCAGUAUUCGCUGCCCUGCAUCCCAUGUUGGAGUUUACGGUUUCAAACCAUCGGUCAAGCGCAUUGCAGUCACCGGACAGCGAAGUAUCAUGGCCGGCAAAGAAGCCAUUAUCUCAACUCCGGGUCCCAUGAGCGUCGACCGAGAGGCCCUCAGUCUGUUCAUGAGAGUCGCACUUGCAGCUAAACCUUGGCUGACCGAUCCUGCUAUCAUUGCAAAGCCAUGGACGCCAUACAAGUUCACACGACCCCUCAAGAUCGCGGUUGAGUGGUGGGAUGGUGUCGUGCAGCCUCAUCCGCCCAUCACCCGGGCUCUGAGGGAAGUUGUUGACGCCUGUCGCACCUGUGGGUUUACAGUCGUUGACUGGGACUCGGAGCCGCUCAAUCAUGCAAAGGGCUGGGAGAUUCUUUCCUCGCUUUACUUUCCUGACGGCGGCGACCAUGUGCGCGACAUUCUGGCUGAAAGUGGCGAGCCAAUACUGCCGCUAACCAAGUUCAUCAUUGAUGAACAACCUGCUGUUAAGAAUUUGACCCAGCAAGAGCUGUGGGAUCGUUGCGUCGAACGUGACCUCUACCGACAGGCCUAUGCGAAAGCCUGGUCUAAGACGGCCGAGGGAGAUGGUGUCGAAGUUGAUGUGAUACUUUGCCCUGCCUCGUUCGGCGUGGCGACCCCUCACGGUCAGUCUCGCUACUGGGGGUACACGUCGAUCUGGAACUUGCUUGACUAUCCGGGCGCUGUAUUCCCAGUAACAAGUGUUGAUCUAGUCAAGGACCAGAAGGAUGAUCACUACGAACCGAAGAACGCCGAGGAUCAGUUUGUUUAUGAUAUGUAUGAGCCUUCAAAGUACGAGAACGCACCGGUGAGCUUGCAGAUUGUUGGAAGGAGGCAUUAUGAUGAGAAGGUUUUGCUGCUCUGGAUGAGAUCGAGAGAGCAAUGGGUCGAUAGAUAUCAAUAG